AUGCCUUCCUGCUUCACCAACCCUACUACCACCACCUUCUUGCCCUUCAGCCAUUGCCUUCAUAGCCCUCUGUCAUCACACGUCUACCCCUCAAUCGAAGGCACAAUCAUGUCGCAGCAUUCCAGUCGGCAAAAAGAAUACACUGACGAAGGCGGUGUGAUCAUCUUUAAUAUUGGCAUUCAAACACGUCAGCAGUCAUCUGUCGAUGAUGGCCGCAAAGUAAUCGAUCAAUUUAUUGAUCUGUUACGCGGUUAUGCAGAUGAUCCCAACGUCACUAUUGAAAGCGCACACUACGAGCCCGCCACCGCGACCAUCUUUAUUCACGACCCCACAGAGAAGAUCGAGCCCAUCCAGCAACAAUUGUGA